AUGUCGUCCUCCAGCUCUCGGAGCGAGUCCGAUGCUGAGCGAUCAUCCGACUCAGAAGGGAGCUGCGCGCCGCAGCAUUUCACGUCUUCUACACCGCGAGAUGUUCUGCUCAAGGUAUUGAAGACUAGAGAAGUGGACCUCGCAAAUGCCCAAGAGUCUCUCAAGGCAUGCCAAUUAGAGAACGGUGCACUGAGGGAUCGCAUUCACACGUUGGAGGCCGAGAACGCCCGCAUGUCUUCCAUGGCGAUGCCCGCUGGAGGGUCUAACAAGGAUGUCUCGUUGGCGGUGGAGAAGUUUGGGGAUGAUGUCAAAGCGUGGUCACGUAAGUAUUUCUGGUUGAAGGAACCGUUCAUGGCCUCUGCGUUGUUCUCCCAUCCUCUCCCGGACGGCAAUACAGUCGACUACCGGGAUGACGCUCGUUUCUCAAAUGAUGCAGCAUUACUUAAUUGCCUGGUGGCUGAGGUGGCCGACUUCCUUCCGGACCACCUUCAAGAACCGCUACGUGAGGAUCAGAAGCUUGCAGCUUUGUUUCGCAGCCAUCACGCCCAAACGCGUGCUACCGCCAUCAGCAAUCUUCGUACGCAUGGCAUGCGGAUCUUCGACUUCAGCCCUCAAGAUAAUGUUCACUCUGGCGCAUUCUACUUGGGGUUCGAUCGGGCCAAACUUCAAAUUUUCCAGUCAUUCUUGAAGUGGCAAGGUCGGACGUCGUAUCGUGCGAUGGCGCCGAUUCUGUACCCCAACAAAAUCAAGGAUGACGCACAGAUCUUUCGUAAUCCUAUCUUAUACCGUGCCGGGAAGGUGCUUCUCCUUGGGCCAACAUCCCUCGAUGAAACAUCAAGGGCUGGAAAGAAAAGUAAGGUGAAGACCCUAGGCAUCAAUAGUGUCGAAGAAGGCACGAUCGCUAUGAUCGCAACUCUCGUGAUAUUUGUACUGUCACCUGACCGAACCUUUCCGACAGAAGGCAAAGGCGCCGUAUCUGGGAUUGACUACCAGGUGUUCUUCAAUAACUACAAGCGCAUUCUUCUGAGCACGCGAGAAUCUCAGUCUACAAAGGAAACUAUGGCCCUCUACAAUUUGAACAUCUUUGGAUCUGCGCGUGGUGCCUCGGGUCUCUCAGGCGACCCUCUCUCGGGUAAUGAGAGUGAUGUCGAAGAGAUAGAACAGCUCUUGGAGAGAGCUCGGCUUCAAGGUUCCCUCGAGGAUGAGGGCGCUGCAGGGAGGUCCAAGAGCUUGUCUGCUGCUGCACCGGAAGCUAAUGAUUGCCCCAUUUCAGCUACAGCUUCAGUGCAGCAGGAUUCGGGAAGGUCAGAUGACAACCACGCUGCGCCAGUGUCAAUUGCGCAGGCCAGGACUGUAUCCUAUGCAGUGUCUUCGGACACGGCCCGCUCAUCUUCAAAGAAGGUCAGAGCCCCUCGUAAAGGCAAGGACAAGGUGGCGGUGGUGGAGACGGCGGCACGGAGGAGUGGACGUAAGAAGUAG